AUGACGUCGAUGGAAUACUCAGAGACUAGCAAACAUUCGUUAAACGAUAUCUCGCUCGAGGAGAUGGCCCAGAGCCAACAACAACAUAAUAUUUAUGUUGGUGGACAGGAGACACACGGAGCGCCUGAUCAACCUAGUAUUGAUGCUAAAAAUCUGUCUACGUCGUUAACUAAAAGUACAUCUCGCCAUCUUCACAAAGACACCACCACGAAGGGCAAGUAUACCUUGAAUGACUUUCAAAUUCUAAGAACAUUGGGAACCGGAUCAUUCGGGCGAGUGCAUUUGGCCAGGUCAAUACAUAACGGUCGAUUUUACGCUAUGAAAACCCUCAAGAAGGAGAGAGUAGUCAACAUGAAGCAAGUGGAACAUACUAACGAUGAAAGAAGAAUGUUGAAGCUUGCACAGCAUCCAUUCAUUAUUCGAAUGUGGGGAACAUUCCAAGAUUGCCACAAUCUCUUCAUGAUAAUGGACUACAUAGAAGGUGGUGAGUUGUUCUCUUUGCUACGCAAGUCUCAGCGAUUUCCGACACCAGUAGCAAAGUUCUACGCAGCUGAAGUAUUUCUCGCCAUAGAAUAUUUGCACAAGCUCGACAUAAUCUACCGUGAUUUGAAACCAGAAAACAUUCUUUUGGAUAAAAAUGGCCACAUAAAGUUAACCGAUUUUGGUUUCGCCAAAGAAGUGGCUGAUGUAACAUACACUUUAUGUGGUACUCCAGAUUAUAUUGCUCCAGAGGUGGUUGCUACAAAGCCGUAUAAUAAAUCCGUUGAUUGGUGGUCGUUCGGAAUAUUGAUCUUUGAGAUGCUAACUGGAUACACCCCGUUUUAUGAUCCAACGCCAAUGAAAACAUAUGAGAAUAUUUUAAACGGUACAAUCACUUACCCUGACUACUUACCUCCUGACAUUCUAGAUUUGUUGCAAAAGUUGAUCGUCAAGGACUUGUCCCAACGAUUGGGAAAUUUGCAAAAUGGCUCGGACGACAUCAAGAAUCAUCCAUGGUUCAAGGAAGUGAUAUGGGAACGUCUAUUGUCGAGAGAUAUCGAAAACCCCUUAUGA